GGCAACUUCAUAAUCAACUGUCAAGCAACAUCGAUGAUAUUAGAAUUGAAAGAGGUCUGAUAAGGCAUCCAGAGAUUCUUCAUCCAGAGAUUCUUCAACCCUUGACGAGUCUCAUCUUAUGAGGAUACAGUCGUUGGCUCCCUGUCAGGAUAAUUCACGAGCAGUAUCCGGGACUGAAAUUACGAAUGGCGAUGGAUCGACUCAGACCCGAAAACUCUUCCGGUGUCACUUCACUGACUUCCUCUUCCUUCCAUCUUCCAAGAAUCAACUGCCCCGCCCCGUUGGCAGGCCCACUACCGGCUCACCUUGAACCGUUACCGAGUACUUAUAUCUCUCCAGCUGCCCAUCGGUCAGUCAACUACUAGAUGCAGUAACACAGUAUGGACGCGGUUUUCGCCCUCGGCUGUGCUCAGACGGCCAUCCGGCUCGGCCUCUCGUCUCUGACCCUGGCAGCGCUUCUCGCGCUUGCUCUGCCCGCCUGGCUGCUGCUCAUCUGUUGCUCGCGCUCGCUGCACACCCCCCACAAACAAUCCAACUCAAGGCAGAUCUUCCUCGGCCGGCCUCGCCUGCUACCCACUCAGGUCUCCCAUACCCGCCUCGGGACCGGCCGCUACAACUACACGGUCCCUCACUUCCUGGUGGGCACGCCCGUUGGGCUGCAGGGCCAUGUCGGCAGGGUUCUCUCUGUGGACGAGCCCGGGUCCCGAACCCAGACUGCCGGGCUCAUGCAAUAUCUGUCGCCAAACCUGGCGUCGUGGUUCACCGUGCAUGCCCACCACCACCUGGACAAGGGCAAUGACGCACGCGGGCUCCAGGGAAAGCUGCACGAUUUCCUUGUGUCACAGGGCCUCUCUCCCAGCGAAUGGCCCUACGCUUAUUUGAUCACCAUGCCCCAGUUCCUCGGGUACCAGAGGAACCUUGUCUGCAUCUGGUAUCUCUACUCGGCCUCCCGCGAGCUGUCCGCGAUGAUCAUGGAGGUCAACAACUACUGGGGCCAGAGGAAGAUCGCCUUUAGCCGUUUGACCGGCGAGACCGCUCUGUCUGCGCCUGCACCGUCUGCACCGUCUACACUAUCCUCUGCAGAAACCCACCCCUUCUACCACUCCAACCCCCGCCAUGCCUCCUACCGCGGCACCUGGGACAAGGACAUGUUCAUUUCCCCCUUUGAGAAAGUCGAAGGAACCAUCGCUCUCCGGUUCUCGGACCCCCUCGCGCCCAAUACGCCUCUCCACAUCACAAUCACCCUGCUUUCGCCGUCCGGGAAGCCCCGUUUGAUUGGCCGUGUCUUCUGCCCGGAUGACGGUGACCACGACCCGAUCGACCCACUGGCUGCUUCGUACUGGAGCAUCCUCCGCUUCCUCCCAUACUGGACGGGAGUGUUGGUCGUCACUGAAUUGCUUAUCAUUUAUGCGGCGCUGCGGAUCCGCGCAAAGGGUGCGCCUAUGUUGUCCAUGCCUGAAGUGCGGCCGAACAACCACCCGCGCGAUGAAACUGAUAUCGAGCGGAACCUCGAACCUGCCUUUAGGGCAUAUCUCAAGCACCUCGUCGAGUCAUCUCAGUCACCGUUAACACUACACUACAUCCCUUCUAAAUCUCAUGUUCUCGAACCAGAAACAUUCACCUCAAGCCCAAAGGAUACCAAUGAUAUAGCCCUAACAAUCCAAGUCCUAACACCCAGCUUCUACACUUCUUUCCCUCUUUACACAGACCCUUUGGUAGCAUUCGCAACUGAAUCCAAGCCAUCUCCCGUCCCCUCUGAUCCCUCUUCCCGCCGUCUAUACAUGUCACAUCCUGAGCUCUUCUUUAAUCUCCUUUCACUCAACACUACUUACCACAAAUCUCCCGCGAAACAAACAGGCACGCAGUCAUUCAACCUCAAAACAAAACUAUGCCACUCCCUAAUUCCCCGUCUCCGUGAAAACCUCAACCUCAACCCACCCAAUUCAACGGAAGAGAAUAAAGAAAGUGAAGAAGAAGAAGAAGGGAAGGGAUACUUCCUCGACACAUUCAUCCUCGCCCCACCCAACACCACCACCAUCACCACCAAGUCCCUCCAGGAAUCCUACAUCACAGCACUCUGCGCCCACCUGCUCGCCACGAAAUUCGCCUUCGGACUGCACCAGCUCUGGACCUUUUACGGGGCCGUGGGCUGGUUUGUUGUGUUCCAGCUUGGACUGUCGGUGUUUUUCUUUCGGGUGUUGCAGGGGUGCUCGGGGGUUGGUGUUGUUGGGGAUGCGGUGCUUGCUAUGGCGUGUCAUUGGAUGGGGUUAAGGCUUGGAGGGGGGCUUGGGGGUAGUUUAGUUACCUGGGCUGGGGUUUGUAUAUACAUAUAUAAGAUGACAACUUGAUGGAUAUAAUUUAUAAUGGACAUAAUGAUAUGACGAGAUAGUGAUAUGAUUGACUGAUUUAUGAAUUGACGAGUGUGUUUUAGUAUCUAUAUUAUAUUGUACAUAGUCAUCCACCCACCAUACCUUACCUAUCUCACUUCAUUCUCCAUCAAUGCACACCGAGAAAAAAAACCCAGACGGAGAUUAAUCCUCCAAAGGCCUCACCCCCUCCUCAACCAUCUCCGCCGCAACAUCCUCAACCCCACGCAUAACCCGGAGGACAUUCCCCCCGAUAACACCAGCAACAUCCUCCACACCCACACCCCGCCGCAACAACUCCCGAAUCAAAUCAGGGUACUUGCUUACAUCCUCCAGCCCACGCACGGCCUCUCC